GAAGAGACCGCUGCAGGCACGCGCUCGUUGCUACCAUCACGGAACACGACGGAGCUGAGCCCACCGCAGCAGGAUGGGGAAGUGGACGUAGAUGACCCUCUGACAGAUAGUGGGCGCAACUGGAGCGCUGAUGUGCUGCUGGAGCUCGUGAAGAUCUGGCGUCGCGUGCUCUUGGCACAUGCUGACUGGAGCCGCGUGCAGCGUAUGCAGGCUGUCUACGACAAUUUUAAACAAACGGUGGACUGCUCGCAGCGUAGUCGCAAGGCAGUGGAUGAUAAGCUCUACUCCAUGAAGCAGAUGUAUCAUUUCAUCGCUCAGGUCAAGGACCAGUUCAAGCAAGGAGGCCCCGACAAGGCGCCUUCCCCAUCCUGGUUUGAGCUCACCAAAGAAGAACGACGUGUGGUCCGCGCGCUGCAUCGCGUACGUAUACCCAAUAUAUCACUGGAGGUGUACAAUGUGUUCGAUAGUGUGCUGAGCCCCAGUGCCGUGGCUGCAAGAAGAUCAGCAGUGGAGACGAAUGGGGCGACUGCUGCGAGUACUGGUACACCUCAGGGAGCAUCGCUUACAGGAGAUAGCCGUGCACCCCCGCCAGCAAUUUUAACUGGUGCUACUCUUAAUGACGACCCACAGGAAAUUACACAAGAAAUUCUGGACGUGAAGCGCAACUGGAGUUAUGACGUGACACUGCAGCUGGCGAGGGUUUGGAAUAGUGUACACAAGGAGAACCCUGCUUUGAAAGGAGCUACAUUGAGUUUAAAUGUGUAUAACGCAUUCAUGGCGGCGGUGGGAGGCUCGAAUCGAUCGAGGAAAGCAGUAGACGACAAGAUGCAUUCAAUGAGAGAGAUGUACCGCUUCAUGAAGAACUACGAGACAAAACGGAUAACCAUUGGAGACCCCAACAUUCCAUGGUUCGACCUUACGAAACCCCAGCGAAGAGCUGUUCGUGCUGCGAACAAGAUCCGAGUUCCGAAUCUUGCUCCAGAUGUGUACAACGAGAUCGACAUGCUCAUGACGAGAAUGAACCAAGUGUCCCCGACCGAUACUCCAAUUGAACCUGCGCCGACUUCUGUAUUGCUGGUGGAUCAGGAAAAUCAGCACUGCUCAACCUUCACAACAUUUGGCAAUAGCUCCGUGUCUUCGUGUUCGGGACAUAACGACAGCGCCACAAAUCAGAACGGCAACAACCAGUCAGGGCAGUUCACGUGCGAGUGUGGAGCCAAACGUCUUCUUGACAUUGCUCCUGCCGGUUUAACUAUGACAAGCAAUGGCACUUUGCAGCAUCAGCAACAUCACGCUAACAGGCCGGUUCCAAUCCCGUCGGCACAAAACGUACAGACUCCCAGCUAUUACUCUUCUCAACAAGUCGCGGGACAAGGCGCGCCGAAACGCCAGCGGACGAUGCAAGAGCAGUCCAUCGGGAUGAUAGACUCUCAGACGGCGCGCGAGUUUAUGGAACAGAUGCGUUUAUCGCAGGCUCAGGACCGCGAGGAAAGACGCCAGCAGCACAUCGAGCAAAUGAGCGCAUUGCGUGAGAUCGCAGCACUGCUGAAACAGAGGAGGUUUUGCUUUUUCCAAAUCGCAACCGACGACAUUGAGGGGAUGCUGGUUGGAGAGGUAGAGGAGCCUGCGCGCAGCCGCCUCAUAGGUGAGACAGAUGUCCUGGCGGCCAUCACGAGCGAGUUUCUAGAUGAGAAUGCGAGCAGGAAGGACACGUCGGCGGCUACGGUGUGUCUCGGUCGAGUAUUCAUGACCACAUUCCGCUUUCAGUUCGUGCCGGACGAACACGAGUACGACCGUGUGAAGCGUCACCUACUGGACCGCAGCGAGGACGAGAUCGAAAGCUAUUUCCUGAUACCACUGGGAUGUAUUGCGUCGAUCAAGAAGAAGAAUUCCAUUGUGGAGAUUUUCACCAAGGACCUGCGCCAGUUGUCGUUUCGGUUCGACGUCGUGGAGAUCACCAAGAUCUUCUCGGUCUUGACUACGUACGUUUUUCCGGACAAAAUUGAGUUUUUGUUUGCGUUUUACCACAGACUCUCGGAGAACAUGUUGGAGGAAGAGCCACUGCUGCCGUGUGUUCUGGACUGGGACGUCUAUGAUGCUCAAAAUGCGAUGAACUUCCGCUCGCUGGGCCGCAUCCCGUGUCUAACGUGGCUUAAUGGAGCGAAUGGAGCUACUCUCUGUCGAUCCAGCCAGCCUAAGAUUGGUGUGUCGAAGGCUACAUCGCCGGCCGACGAAAGCCUAGUUGCCGGAAUCUCGUCGUCAAGUCUGUUGCAGGAUCAAUUACAGAUUAUUGACUGCAGACCGAUGUCAAGCGCACUGGUUCGCUUGGAUGCUAUUAAGUGUGUCAUGAAAAAGCUGCGUAACCUUUGUGCAUCGCCGUCGUGUGACAACUUGCGGUGGCUCGGAAGCAUUGAAGACACUAAGUGGCUGGUCUACAUUCGCCAGCUUCUAAAGUCAGGGCUGCAUGUGGCGCAAUUGCUCCGAUCCGGGGAAUCAGUGCUGUUGCACUGUAGUCACGGUUGGGACCGCACGAGUCAGAUCGCGUCGCUCGCUCAACUUUUCAUUGAUCCAUUCUUUCGAACUUGGAAAGGAUUCCAGGUGCUGAUUGAAAAAGAGUGGCUAUCGUUCGGUCACCCCUUCCAUCUUCGACAUUCGCAUGGAGAGAAAGCGGAUACACAGGAAUCGCCGAUUUUUAUUCAGUUCCUGGACUGUGUCUCGCAGCUGGUUCGAAUUUACCCAAGCUACUUCGAGUUUAACGAGGGACUGCUACUCAUGCUUGCCGAUGCUCUUCAUUCGUGCCGCUUCGGCACAUUUUUGUUUGAUUGCAAAAAGCACCGCCAGGAAGCUAACUUGGAAAAUCGGACCACAUCCGUAUGGACUUGGGUGAACGGCUUCCGCCCGCAGCUCACAGAACAGACGUAUGUUCCAAAGCAAGUCUUGAACCCACCUCUUACUGGGCUGUUGAAGCGAAUCACGCUUUGGGAUGCGAUGUUCAUGCGCUGGUCGGGCCAGCCUCUUGUUCAAGAGCCCCCGAUUUCUACAAAUUUCUUCUCCGACAACUCUCAGCGCACUCCGACGUGGCAGCUGCCACAGGGCACCCUCAACGCUCUAAAUGCUGCACUCACUCUUAAAUAUCAUGAGGCCAAAUUGAUUCAGGAACUAGAAGAGCGGAUCGCUUUACUAGAAGAAAAAGCUAAGGGACGCAGGGGAUCGAGGCACUAG